UGUUUUGGGUGUCUCCCGCCUCUCUUCCUGCCCCCGCUCUCCCUCUCUCUCUCUCUCUCUCUCUGUGUCUCUGCCUGUGCGUGUGGGCUCUGUUGGCAUGGCUGCGGCGGCCAUGGCCAGCGUGAGAGCGCAGCAAGCCUGCUCGCGUGCCAUCGCCAUGGCGGACCAGCUUCCUUCUACGCUUCCUCCCGCAUUUCUGACGUUUCUCAAGCAGAAUGGCCUCGAUGCCUCCAUCUAUGCGGCCGCAGCCACGCUCCCUCGCUACAUCAGAGUACAACCACGGACCAGUUUGGAUAUUCCAGAGCUCGAAGAAGAGCUGGGGUUGAAACUUUCCCCUUUGGCAUGGCUUCCCAAUUUCUUCAGCUUGCCACCACAGGCUCAGAUUGCGAGCACUCAGGCAUAUCAGCUGGGCAAGUUGUAUGGGAUGGAUGCAGCCUCCGGGGCUGCUGUAGCAGCUUUGGAGAUAUCAUCUGGCGACCACGUGCUUGACCUUUGUGCUGCACCAGGUGCUAAGCUGUGUAUGAUGGCCGAGUCUUUAGGAGAUUCUGGGUCACUAACUGCGGUGGAUAUCGCUCGACCUCGUCUCGCUGCCUGUCGCACCAUGCUGCUAAAAUACGGACUUGGAAGACGAACUCGCCUCUACUUGGGAGAUGGAACAACCUUCUCAUUGCUGCCAUUGAAUGGUGGGAGCAAGUUAUGCUCGGCAAGUGCUGGCGAUGAUCGCUCUGACGACGAGGACAUCGGAGAUGGCGGUUUUCACAAGAAUCCAAGGAUGGAGAGAAAAACAGUGUAUGGAGAGUGGAGGUCUGGAAGGACACGACAAGAAAAGCGAUCUGCGAAAAGAGCGAAGUAUCUUGGAAUACCUUUACAGACUGGUGUGGACGGGAUGCCGGAGCUUUUCUUCUAUGGUAUUGAGGCUGGAGUAGUGGGCAUGAAAGUGGCAGAUGUGGCACGAGUUUGUCAGGACUCUAAUGAAGCUUCAUUUUCUGGUUAUGACAAGGUGUUAGUGGAUGCAGAGUGCACCCAUGAUGGUUCAUUGAGACACAUCGUUAAAUACAACGAAUGGGGUUGGGAUACAUUUGAGAGGCGGUUCCUAAAUGAAGAGCGAAUCGCUUCCAUUACAUCUCUCCAGCUGCGUCUCUUGAGCAAUGGGUUCAGACUACUUAACCCUGGAGGCACACUUGUAUACAGCACUUGCAGCUUCACGAGGGACCAGAACGAAGGUGUGGUGGAGAGAUUUCUGGCAUCUCACGAUGAUGCAGAGUUGCAAGAAGUGGAGCCCGCAAGACAGUGGCCAUGUCGACCUGGUGGUUUGCCUCACACAUUACGUUUCGAUCCUGUGACAUCCCACACAAGUGGCUUGUUUAUAGCCAAGCUUACCAAGCUGGAGUCCAAUCUACUAAACAAGGUGGUAGUUGGGUGAUGGUUUUGAUGCUGUUACGUUAUUGUAGUUAGUCGAGGACCCUGAACUAGAUUCCUAGUGUCAUAUGACAUGAUAGUCAUGUCCUGUUGAUUGAGAGUGGAAAGGUUCGGUAAUGUUGUCGCAACAAUUGUAUAAGAGAACGAUUGUGGUAAUAGCAAUUAUUUGCUCAGGUGUAUGGAAGAACAGAUUUUGGAGUCAACAAGAAUGGUAUUUACAGCAUAAUAAGCAGAAUACUCUUUGACAUCAA